AUGUCUAAAACUAAUAAAAAAAAGACUUACCAAAAGCCAACCCAAGAACAAAUUCAAUAUCUGCAUGAUAAAUCUAAAGUUCAUAAUACAGAAAAGUCAACACUUAAUUGGAUACAAAAAUUCCAAAAGUAUUGUUCUGAUGUUGGGUUGAAAAGUGCUGCAGAAAAAGUUAAUAAUGUGACUGAAUUAGAAGUUCAACUAUGUGAAUACUUCACUGUUGCCGAAAAAGGAGAUGGAUCACAUAUUCUAUCUGCUGAUAAAAUUUUAAUUUCUGCUGAAAAUGCUGAUAUAAUCGCAGAUUACGAAAAAUAUUUUUUAAAAAGGCCAGUUAAUGCUAAUCCUGA